CUUGUCAAAAUGAAUGGUGUAACCUGAAUUAAACUUUUCGUAUUCGUUCAUGAUAUUCCGUCUAACGUCGGAUAUGACUGUUAAUAACAACAUUUCAAGAAGAUGAAAAUAGCAACGCUUGUCUUGGAAUAUUCGUGUGAUUUGACAGAAUUGAUCGUAUUCGUGAUUGUCGAAUGCUGCUAUUUGAUAUACCAGUGCAUUUUUCGGAUCAUUUUCGCACAACUGAUGGGCCAAAAAUCAUUGCAAUGGACACAACGUUUUCUAAUCUACUGCUUAUCACCUAAAACCUUGCUCGCAAACUGAAUAAGGACAAAAACGAGGAAACGUAAUACUAUUAUGUCGGUACACGGUACGAAGACGCCAAAGUUCUUUCUCUACAUUUUUAUUCUUGGCACGUUGAUCUUAAUCCUCGACUCGUAUGCUCCGCCAAUAACUAUUGAUUACGAAGAAACUUUCUUGUUCUGCCAUUUCCAUCAGAUACAUUUUCCGAAACAAGCAAUUGAGAUUGCUCGUCUUGAUCACGAGAGAAACAGGCAAUAUUUAUUGCGGGAAACUUACAAGUCGAAGAAAUAUGUGAUUCACUUUUUAGUUCGCGAUACCGACAAACCCGACCAUAGAACGAGAAAGGUAUCAAAGAUUGUUCCAUACUUCGAACGUUAAUUUGCUGUAUUUUGUCAUGCUUCUGUGAAGAACGUGCAAAUGAAUGCAAGUCGCAGAGAUCAACACCUAGAAAUUAUAAGGUGGAAAUUUGCAGGACGAAAUGAAAAUUCUCGAGACGCGACGUAAGAUCGAUAGAAUGA